UCCCCACGCUGCCCCCCCCGCCGGGCUGGGGCGUCACUGCUGCUCCUUUGCGCCCCGCUGCCCCUCAGGGUGGCACCGCGGUUGUGUCACCUGCUGCUCGGUGGCACCGCUUGCAGGUGACGCCUGAAGGCAGAGCGCUCGCCGGGGCUGGGCUUCGUCCUCUCUGGGGGGCCUCUGUGCCCCAAAAUCCCUCGGAGGGGGCAGACCCCCCUGUGCUGGGGCAGCCCCUCGCUUGGGGACGCCGUGCCGGAGGGUGGCACUCGGUGCUGGGCUGCACCGUGGCUCUGGAUGCGAAGUGGCAAUGCCUGCUGUGUGCUGCCUGUGGGGCAUGGGAGGGUGGUUGGCACCCGGGGGGCUGGUGGGGCUCCUGCAGUCCCUGAGCCCUGGGUGGGACAGAACAGCCCUGAGUGGCUCCGCUCUGCCCCACGCACUGCUGGAGCAGGGGGUGCAGUUGGCACUCGGUGCCGCUCGGUGCGCUCAGGGCACGUGGUUCCAUCACACCCCCAUCCCGUUUCAGUGCUGGCACGACCCCGACCAGCCCUGCCCAGCCGUUCGGGUUGUGCCCCCCGUUGGGUAUUCGGAUGCUUUUGGGGGCUGUGGGGACAAACCCGGUGCUGGGUGGCACUUCCCCAAUGGCUCCCCGUGGCCGCAUCCCCACAGACACGCUGGCACCUUGGCCACCUUGGCAGCCCUCGUGCCACGCUCUGUGCCCCCCUGGGCUUUAUAUUACAUUGCAAACACGCAGCUGCGUGUUGGGGUGGGGGGCUGCAUCGGGGUCCCCAUCCCCUCCCCGCUCCCCCUCUGCCCGCCCAGGGCUCAGCACUCCCUGCCAACCCCGACGAUGCCGAGUUGUUAAAUCUGCAUCGCCGCCGUUUGCAGCACAAAGAGCCUUUUCUUUAAGCGGGAGGCAAUCUGCUCACUGCCUGCUGCCAGAUGGGCGGGCGGCCACUCCAGGGAGGGGGCUUUGGUUCCGGGGGGCUCCGUCCCUCCUGGGCACAAUGGGGAUCUGGGCACAAUGGGGAUCUGGGUGCGGCAUUCCACUGCAGCGCGGCGGCACUUUGGGGGCUGCUUGCUUUGGUCCUCCCCCGAGCGGAGCCUGGAGAGGGGUCCCCCUGUGUGCCGUUGGUGCCCCUGGGGGUGGCUGAGUCGUCGGGGUGCUGCUGGAGGAGCUGUUUUCCCAAUCCCCACGCAGGCAGCAAGGCCAAGGCGGGCGCCGUGCGCUUCGCCCCCAGCCAACCCAGCGAGGGGAACCCCGGCCACGUCCACUUCGAUGAGAAGCUGAGAGACUCGGCCGUGAUGGUGACGCAGGAGAGGGACGGCCACGUCCUCGUCAAGGUCGGCUUCCUGAAGAUCCUGCACAAGUAUGAGAUCACCUUCCUGCUGCCCCCAUUGCAGGGGCUGGGGAGGGACGUGUGUGCUCUGCCACUCCCCAACCCCAACCUCAAAGUCCUCAGUGUCACUGCGGUGCCGGAAGGCUACAGUGUGAGGUGUGAGUACACGGCUCACAAGGAGGGUGUGCUGAAGGAGGAGAUGCUCCUGGCCAGUGAGACCGGAGAUGGCUCCUGCCUUAAGGUGGUGGUGCAAGCACGUGUCAUGGACCGACACCACGGCACCCCGAUGCUGCUGGACGGGGUGCGCUGCGUGGGGGCUGAGCUGGAGUACGACUCGGAGCAGAGCGACUGGCACGGCUUUGAUUAACUCCACCCUGCACCCUCCUGCGGACGGACCCCCCCUCCCUGAGCAUCGGUGGGACCCCCACUGCUCUGCGCCACGGCUGCCGUGGGGCUGUGGCUGCUCCCCCCGAGCCCCCACAUGUGCCUAUCCCCAGCCCCACGGCUGCUCUUCCCAGAGCCCUGAGCACCGUGUGUGGGGCUGGGGGGCCGAGGGGGCUCUCCUUGCUGCUGUACUGCUGCUUCCCU